AUGUCUAGCUACAGCGAUGACUCGACCGAGAUCGAGCGUGAUCGGAUAAGAAUACACGAACGCAUACGCGACCGGUCCCCGCUUCGCCGGGGCCCUCCGCCUUUCCAUGCUGGGCCUCCGCAUUUCAUUCAAACCGUCACAAGAGAUGUGCGGGACCCCCGUCCACCCCCUACGGGCUACUAUCAUCAGCCCGGCCCUAUCUAUCGCCGGCCCGAAGGUCGGACGGACAUUGUUGUGACCCGCGCCCGGUCGAGGGAGCGCCGGUCCCCGCCGGUCCACGGCGGCCCGCCGCCGCCGCCGCCUGCUGCUGCUCCCCAGGUAGUCAUCAACCAACCGCUGGUUGACCGCCGGCCAAUCAGAGCGCAUGACUCGGAUUCGUCAUCCGACGAAUCGUCCUAUGUCUCUUCUCGCCGUCAUCGCUCUCGCCAUAGGCGGUCCUACAGCCGCGCUCGCAGCCGGUCUUCGAGCACGCACAGCGACCUCGAUGGUGCGCGGGAUAAGUGGAGGGUGCAGCAGCUCGAGAUGCAGCUCGCCGCAAUCCGUUCCGAAGCCCAAAGGAAGGAGGAGCAGCAGCGCGAGGCGCAGAAGUACUCUCAGAUACAGAAGUACUCUGAGAAAGAGGCCGAGCUAGCGCGCAUCAGGGCUGAGCUGGAUCUGCGGCUCGAGAGGGAGAGAGAGGAGCACCGCAACAAUGAAUUCAGGGACAAGUUCAAGCUGAGGGACCUCGAGUAUCAGCUUGACCUCAUCACGCGCCAGCAGGAGGAAUUCGAUCUGCGCCGCUCGCACGAGGAGAAGUCGAAGCUGCAGAAGGACAGUGAAGAGCUAGCUCGCAUAAAGCGUGAGAGGGAAGAGCGAGAGCGUGAAAAGAAGGCCGAGGAAGAGAGGAUAUAUCGGGAGCAAAAGGCAGAGCUAGAGAGGAAGAUCAAAGCCGAGCAAGAGGCGAGGCAGGAGCAGGAGUUUAAGCAACGAAGCAAGGCGCAGGCGGCACUCGACGAGCUCGAGCGCCUCCACGCGGAGAAGAAGAAAAAGGAGGAGGAGGAACGUCUUCGGCGCGAGAUAGAGCUGAAAAGGCUGGAGGAGGAGAAGAAGGCCGAGGAGGAGCGUAAGCGCAAGGAGAAGGAAGCCGAAGAGGUAAUUGCGGCGUACAAGGCCAAGGAGGCGGAGCGCAUCAAGAAGGAAAAGGAGGCCGCUGAGGCUGCCGAGAAGGAGUUCCAGCGCCGUAUGCAAGAGAAGCUGAUCAAGUCCGGCCUCGAUGAAAAGGCCAUCGAGGCCAUCAUGAAGGACGAGAAGAUCAAGCAGGAGAAGAAGAAAAAGGAAGAGGAGGAUGCCGCGCAGGUCGCCCGCCCCAUGUACACCCGCAUGUCGCUCCGGCACCUCGACAUCGAUACGCUCCGGUUCUACAAGCUUGACUUCGAGCUGGAUCCGGCCGAUCCGGGCUAUGUUCUGAUCCGGCGCUGGGUGCCCGAGUGGGAGCAGGCUAUGCUGUGGGAGCACACUCGCAAGAUCCGCACCGAGAGGCGGGGAGAAGAAAAGAUCAUGCUCGAGGUCUCGAGCCAUUCCCGCCACCACAGGCACAAGUCGGCCGAUAACUUCGAGUUCGUCCGCCCUAAGCGCCACCGUAGCAAGUCGCCUGGUCUCUUGAUGUAUCUCGCCGGUGGCCGCCCGCGGUAA